AUGGUGCAGAACAAAGCGGUUAUCUUCAAGUCCGUCCCCAAUGGACAACCUAUCCCGGGCAAAGACCUCGUCGUCGAAGCCAGCGAAUUUGACCUCGAGCAAUCUCCCCCCGAAGGCGGCGUGACGACUAAGAACCUCUAUGCCUCCUUUGACCCCUAUCAGCGCGGCAAGAUGCGAAGCCCAGAAAAGAAGUCCUACUCUCCUCCCUACACAAUCGGCGAACCCAUCGGAAAUGCAGUCAUUGCCAAGAUCAUCAAAUCCUCGAAUCCGAAGCUCAAUGCCGGAGACAUCGUUGUGGGCGCUUUGCGAUUUGAAGAAUAUUCGGUGUUGACGAAGGAGACGGCAGAUUUAUUGAGGAAGAUUGAGAAUCCGUACAACCUCGAUUUGAAGGCAUUUUUGGGAGCUUUGGGCAUGCCUGGCCUAACUGCAUACUCGUCAUACUAUGAUAUUGGGCAACCGAAAAAGGGCGAGACGAUCUUCAUCUCUGCUGCUUCCGGUGCUGUGGGAGCAUUGGUUGGACAAUUGGCAAAACAUGACGGACUGAAAGUCAUUGGCUCUGUUGGUUCAGAUGAAAAGCUUGACUAUAUCAUGAAGGACUUGAACUUCGAUGGAGGAUUCAACUACAAGAAGGAGAAGCCAAUUGAUGCUCUGAAGCGCCUCGCACCAAACGGAAUCGAUAUCUACUACGAAAAUGUGGGUGGAGAGCAGCUGGAGGCGGCCCUGGAUCGCCUGAACACAUUCGGCAGGAUUGUUGCUUGUGGAAUGGUUUCAGAAUACAGCACGCCGGAGACGGAGAGACAUGGGAUCAAGAACCUUAUGCAAAUUAUAGCGAAGAGGUUAACGAUCCGGGGAUUUAUCGUUGGGGACGAGAAUAUGGGCCCGAAGUACAGGAAGGCUCGUGAUGAGAAUAUUGCAAAGUGGCUUCACGAGGGCACGUUCAAGGAGAAGAUGAGCGUUACUGAAGGUAUUGACAAUGCUCCUGAGGGUUUUGUGGGUAUGCUUCAAGGCAAGAACUUUGGCAAGGCUGUCUUGAAGAUUGCAGAUUCGGAAUAA